AUGGAGCUGAAGCCUAUGGAAAUCAACCCAGAGGUACUGAGUGAAUUGGACGACGGUACAGGUUGGCAGUUCAUCGACAUCCUGGGACUGGAGGACCAGUCUUCAUCCUCAGAGCCUGCGCCAUCCUGCGCGGUCAUGUUGCUCACGCAGCAGCAUGAGUCCCACAGAGAGCAGCCGGCACCAGAGCAGAGCGGGAACUGCGAGGAAGAGCCCGAGGUCUACUUCCUCAAGCGGACCGCGGCCGCUUCCUGCGAGACGGACGUGCUGCUGCACACUGCAGCCAAUAAGAAACGCCGAGCAGAGUUUGAUAGUGGCUCUGUAACGAAGAGGUGCCUGGACAGCACAGCCAACCACUCUGGAGAUGACAGAGUCAAGCAGCUAAAGAGAGAUGAGGUGGAAGCAGACAAAGAGAAUAUCCACUUCAGCACCUUUGUCAGUGUGGACGGGCAGCUGUAUGAAUUGGGAUGUAACCUCCUCAGUAUGUACAGCUUGACCUCUUGA